CAGAGGACUGUUCUGUUUUUGCGUCACUACUAAGCCGCGACCUCUUUCUGCUGUGAUUCACUCUUAACUCACAGCUUAGCAAAGACCGGCGUGUGGGCCAGUCUCGAGGCCCCAACUCAUAAACAAAUGGACAUGCUGGGAAACACUUAAAUGAGGGUUACAUUUCCGGCCUAACUAAUCAGUGUACCAUGAAAUGCAACUCAAUGACGACUGCUCAUCGCAAGAUGGAUUCAGGCAAAGGAGUUCACUCCUGGUUAGAAAAUGUUAAAGCAAAUGACCAAAAAUCAUGUACAUUUCUAAAUAAUUGUCUCCCCCCUUCUCGCACACAUCCAUCCUUCUGUUCUACCGCCACCCACUCCUCAUGUCAGGCCGACGGUAAACGCACAUAGCAGCCAUGGGUGGUGGAGGGAGGUGCAUCUAUAAUCUGCCCGGGGGGACUGGCCCCUGUAUAAGAAGCCCUGAGUGCCUCUUCUCUCUCAUAGCCAGCGUAGAGACAGACUCAUCUCCCUGAGACUACAGGGCUGCGCCACACUCACGCACCACCACAGCAGCUGAUUGACAGAGGCAACCUUCCCGGAGGUGUUUGUUAAGUCGCCUACCUGCACACGAGACGGUCACUCCUCAACAUGAAUUUGGAGGCCCCCAAAGCAGAAAUAAAGUCUGCCACGAGGGUGUCCGGGGGCCCGGCCACACCACGCAAGGGGCCCCCCAAGUUCAAGCAGAGGCAGACUCGGCAAUUCAAGAGCAAGCCUCCGAAGAAGGGAAUCCAGGGCUUCGGAGAUGACAUCCCCGGCAUGGAGGGAUUGGGCACAGAUAUCACGGUCAUCUGCCCCUGGGAGGCCUUUAACCACCUGGAGCUGAAUGAGCUGGCCAAGUAUGGAAUCAUCUGAGACUCGUUUUACCCCCACUUUCCCUUUUGGAUUCAA